GGAAGACAGUCCACAGAGGGGGAAGGAUACACAGGAAGACAGAAUCACCGAACAGCAAACACAUUUCAGUGCUCUCACUGUGAAAAGAGUUUUACUGACAUGGACAGUUUCAAGAAGCACCAGAAGAUCCAUUCAGGGGGGAAUCCAUUUGAGUGCUCAGAAUGUGGAAAGAGUUUAAGUAACAUUAGCCAACUCAAGACACACCAGAGGAUCCAUACAGGGGAAAAGCCAUUUGAGUGCUCAGACUGUAAAAAGACAUUUAGUGAAAUAAGCAAUCUCAAGAAACACCAAAUGAUCCAUACAGGGGAAAAGCCAUUUGAGUGCUCUCACUGUGGAAAGAGGUUUAGUCGAAUGUCUGAUCUCAAGAGACACCUGAGGAUCCAUUCAGGAGAAAAGCCAUUUGAGUGCUCUCACUGUGGAAAGGCCUUUAGGCAUAUUCGCACUCUCAAGCAACACCAAAUGAUCCAUACAGGGGAAAAGCCAUUUGAGUGCUCUCAGUGUGGAAAGGCCUUUAGGCAAAUGGGCGCACUCAAUAAACACCAGAUGAUCCAUACAGGGGAAAAGCCAUUUGAGUGCUCUCAGUGUGGAAAGGCCUUUAGGCAAAUGGGCGCACUCAAUAAACACCAGAUGAUCCAUACAGGGGAAAAGCCAUUUGGGUGCUCACACUGUGGAAGGCGUUUCAGUAGCAUCAGCAAACUCAAGACACACCAGAGGAUCCAUACAGGGGAAAAGCCAUUUGAGUGCCUAGAAUGCGGAAAGCGUUUUAGUCGUAUGGACCAUCUCAGGCGACAUCAGAUUGCCCAUACAGGGGAAAAGCCAUUUGAGUGCUCAGAUUGUAAAAACACAUUUAGUCAAAUAGGCAAACUCAAGUCUUACCAGAUUACCCAUACAGGGGAAACACCACAUGUAUGCUCAGAAUGUGGAAAGAGCUUUAGGUUGAAGAUGAAUCUCAAGCAACACCAGAGGAUCCAUACAGGGGAAAAGCCAUUUGAGUGUUCUCACUGUGGAAAGAGGUUUAGUCAAAUGUCUGAUCUCAAGAAACACCUGAGGAUCCAUACAGGGCAAAAGCCAUUUGAGUGCUCAGAUUGUAAAAAGACAUUUAGUCUAAAAAGCACUCUCAAGACUCACCAGAUUACUCAUUCAGGAGAAAAACCAUUUGAGUGCCCAGAAUGCGGAAAGCGUUUUAGUCAUAUGCGCCAUCUCAGGCACCACCAGAGGAUCCAUACAGGGGAAAAGCCAUUUGAGUGCUCAGAAUGCGGAAAGAAGUUUAGUGAAAUGCACCAUCUCAGGCACCACCAGAGGAUCCAUACAGGGGAAAAGCCAUUUGAGUGCUCAGAAUGUGGAAAGACCUUUCGUCAAAUGGGCCAUCUCAGGCACCACCAGAGGAUCCAUACAGGGGAAAAGCCAUUUGAGUGCCCAGAAUGCGGACAGCGUUUUAGUCACAUGAGCAGUCUCAAGACACACCAGAGGAUCCAUACAGGGGAAAAGCCAUUUGAGUGCUCAGAGUGCGGAAAGAAGCUUAGUCACAUGAGCAGUCUCAAGACACACCAGAGGGUCCAUACAGGAGAAAAGCCAUUUGAGUGCUCUCAGUGUGGAAAGGCCUUUAGGCAAAUGGGCGCACUCAAGACACACCAGAUGAUCCAUACAGGGGAAAAGCCAUUUAAAUGCUCACAGUGUGGAAAGGCCUUUAGGCAAAUGGGCACUCUCAAUAAACACCAGAUGAUCCAUACAGGGGAAAAACCAUUUACAAACCCCAACUCCGGUGAAGUUGGGACAUUUGGUAAACUGUGAAUGAAUUCAAAAUGCUGUCAUUUUCAAAACAUUCGAUCCAAUCAUUAGAAGAAGAAUAGUAAAAAGACAACAUAUUAAAGGGACACUGUGUGAGAUUUUUAGUUGUUUAUUUCCAGAAUUCAUGCUGCCCAUUCACUAAUGUUACCUUUUUCAUGGAUACUUACCACCAGCAUCAAAUUCGAAGUAUUCAUUAUGACUGGAAAAAUUGCACUUUUCAUACAUGAAAAAGGGGAUCUUCUCCAUUGUCCGACAUUUUGAAUUUCCAAAAAUAGCGAAUUUUUAGCUACAAAAAAGACUGUACUUGGACCUUACUAGAAAAUAUUUGUUUAAUACUUAGUGUUAAAACCAAGAAAAAUAAUAUUGUUUUGAGGCACAUAUGUCAUUUCUAAUUUGAUAACUGCAACACGUCUCAAAUAAGUUGGGACAGGGAUCAGUGUUAAACAUGUUAUAAACAUCCAAAUAAGCUAAAACAACACAAGGAAAAUCAUUUCAAAAUGAAUUGUAUGAAUAAUUACCAUAGUUAUUACAUUAAGUUUUGCAUUCCCUUUGAUUUACCAUGAUUGUGUGUAUAUAAGAUAUAUUUUUGACAUUACAAUCAUUGUAUAGGUUCAUGACAUCAUCAAAUAUAUAUUGGAUGUAGUCUUACUCUAGCACUCAAGUACAGCUAUUGAAAACGUGACCAGAUUAAGAACGCUUCAUGUGUGCAAAUGAUAGAGUUUUAACAUUCUCCUAUGCACAGUUUCCCAUGUCUAUUUCAAGUAGACUUGUGAUACACCAUGUCCAGGUUGCACCACCAGGUGUAUCACAACAAGUCUACUUGAAAUAGACCCAGAAGACAUGGGAAACAUGUCAUUUGCAUACAGAAGUCAAAACAUGUCCUUCUGUUUGAAAAUAAUAGUCAUUGUACAUAACAGUGAAUAUGGACCAUCCAACUUGUGUUGUGUUGUGUUGCGUCGAGUUUGGUGAAAAGUCAUGUUACAGCCACCCUGGACCAACAGAUUAUAUCUCAUCUGCCUCCCAUCUCUUUUUCACAGAUUAUAUCUCAUCUGCCUCCCAUCUCUUUUUCACAGAUUAUAUCUCAUCUGCCUCCCAUCUCUUUUUCUACAUUAUUGUGUGUUUGCAUUGUGCAGAUCUUUAUUUUUUUGGCUUGCAGUGAUUUUUCAUUGUUUGUUUGAUUGAAUAAAUGUAUGCUGCUGUUGAAUGUUCAUUUCCGUAAUAAAUUAAUUAGUGUCCCUGA